AUGACCAGGAAAGAGGUGGUGGUGGCCGUCACUGCUGCAAUGCUUACGACAGCUGCAGCGGCUGUAAUAAUUGGUCGGUGGAUGCGGACGAAGGAUCGGCGUCGGAAACUGACACAGAGGAUUUUGAGGAAAUUCGCUAGAGAAUGCGCCACGCCCGUAUCGAAGCUGUGGGCCGUGGCGGACGCUUUCGUCGCCGAGAUGACCGCCUCUCUCGCCGCCGAGAAUUCCGGUUCUUUCAACAUGCUCGUUUCAUUCGUCGGUUCACUACCUUCCGGGGAUGAGAAGGGAGUACACUAUGGAGUUAACUUGCGAGGGAAGGAACUUCUGCUGUUACGUGGGACGUUGGGAGGUAACGAAGAGCCUAUCUCCGAUGUACAGAAGCAGGAGAUUUCGAUCCCUGAAGAUGUUUUAAACGCUUCUUUCAAGGAGCUGUGCGAUUUCAUAUCUUUGGAGCUAGUUAAAUUUCUUGGGAUGAAUCCCGGAGAAGAAACCGAGGAAGUGAAGAAGCUUGGGUUUACGUUGACUCGCUCUAUCCAGCAAACUGGGUCAAGUUCAAUCUCGGCGUUACAGAGGAAGUGUUUAGCAGAUGAUGAUGAUGAUACGGUUAUGAAAGCGUUUGUGAAUGAUAUGAAUGAAUCAUUAGAGAGACACGGUCUGAACAUUCGUAUGAACACAGCGCUGGUGGAUAACGCAAUAGGAGAGCUCGCUGGAGGAAGGUACUAUCACAAGGACACUGUGGCUGCAGUCACUUUAGGUAUGGGAACAAACGCUGCUUACAUCGAACAAUCUCAAGAGAUUUCGAGAUGGAAAUCCGCCAUACCCGAGCCACAAGAGAUUGCUAUUAGCACAGAGUGGGGAGAUUUCAGAUCUUGUCAUCUUCCUGUAACUGAAUUUGAUGCUGCUCUUGAUGCGGAAAGCUUGAAUCCUGGAAGCCGAGUGUUUGAGAAGAUGGUGUCUGGAGGAUACUUAGGGGAGAUAGUGAGAAGAGUGUUACUAAAAAUGUCUGAAGAAUCUGCUCUCUUUGGAGAUACGUUGCCUUCAAAACUCACAAUCCCUUACAUUUUAUGGUCGCCCGAUAUGGCGGCGAUGCAUCAAGACAUAUCCGAUGAUCGUGAGAUCAUAAACAAAAAGCUCAAGGAAGUUUUCGGGAUCAUGGAUUCAACACUUGUGGCGAGAGAAACAGUGGUUGAAGUGUGCGAUGUAGUCGCCGAACGAGCGGCACGUGUGGCGGGAGCAGGAAUAGUUGGGAUGAUAAAGAAGCUGGGAAGGUUAGAGAAGAAGAUGAGCAUUGUGAUAGUUGAAGGAGGAUUGUAUGAUCAUUACAGGCUCUUUCGAAACUAUCUUCAUAGCAGUGUUUGGGAAAUGCUUGGUGAUGAGUUAUCUGAUCAUGUCGUCAUCGAGCAUUCUCACGGUGGAUCUGGUGCCGGAGCUCUUUUCUUUGCGGCCUCCGGCGGCGGAAGCAAUCAAGAUUUCGGAAGCUGA